AUGCACCAAAGAGAAAUCGAACUUAGGAGUGUCGGUAUUGAUGUGGAUCUUUCUGAAGUUAUUAUUGAUGUUGUUCCUAUAUCUAUGGUUCCUGGCCAUGAAACCCCUAUAAGGAAGCCUAGAACAACUACUUCGAGAAAGGGUAAGCCCUCUAAAGCAAGUACAUCCCCAUCUUCAUUUAUGGUUGUUAGUGAUGUAAAAAAUAUUGAACUCUCUACUUUUGUCAAGAAACCUCAUUCGAUGAUUAGCCUGUCCCUUGAUCCUAUUAAUGACAAACCUAAUGUUGAUGCUUAUUCAAAAGUUAUAUUGUUCCAAAAAUACAAUGUUGAUAAAAAUAUUCGUGUUCUAAUUUCUCAAGUUUUGGGUAUUGAACAUAAGACUGGUGUUGUGUCGGAUGUCUCCACAUCCUUGGCCCAAACCGAUAACCCUAUUGAAACCCCUCAGGGUAAAUCUAACGAAAAUGUUUCUACUCAGUCCCCUGAAAAAUCAGAAGAAAAAGAUGAUUCUGAUGGCAUGUCUGGUGAUUUAUCUAACAAAGAAGAAAACUCUAGAGAAAAGAAGGAUCAAUCUAUAGACACUGUGAAUGUAGGUAAUCUGGACUAUGAUGAUGAGCCAAUUGGUAAAAAAUUGGCUCUAGGAAUAGCUAAAAGGUUAAGAAACAGAAAAGGAAAAGCGGUUGUUACUCCUGUCUCUAAGAAGAGAUCCCCGAAGAGGAAGGAAGUCCCAUAUGGUUCUAGUGUGUCUGACUGUGAUGUCGAACAUGAUGUUCAAGACAUCAUUUCUGCUACAACAAAGCAAACUUCUGGGAAGAAGAUUCCAACAAAUAUUCUUGAAAUUUUAGUUGACAACAUCUCAUUUCACUUUGUGGAGAAUGUAGAAAAAUGGAAAUUUGUUUACCAAAGAAUAAUGGCCUUAGAAAGAGAACUUGAGAAAGUUGCUUUUGAGUGCAAAGAAACGAUAAGUCUGAUUCAAGAAGCUGGAUUAAUGAAAAGUGUGACUGGCUUUGACAAGUGUUAUGAAAUGCUUGUUAAAGACUUCAUUGUGAAUAUCUCUAAGGAGCGUGAUAACAAUAGGAAUAAGGAGUUUAGAAAGGUGUAUGUAAGAGGAAGAUGUAUGAACUUUGCUCUUGAAAUCAUAAAUAGGUUAUUUAUGGGGAAACAUGUUCUAGAUAUUGUCAUGACAUCUGGACAGAAACCCACCGAUUCUACUACUGAGACUGGAAUCCUUGAUGAACUAAAAGACACCUGCAAAACCUUGGAUGAAACUAUCAAAGGACUGAGGGAAAAUCUGGAAGGUGAUAAUGCGGAUGAAGAAGGUGCUAAAGAAGAAGGUGCUAAUACUAGUGAUGAUGAAGAGACAACUAACAUUGAUGAAGACUGA